AAUAGGUGAUUAUUGACCGACUCUGUUGGGAAGAGUCUGGAUGAGUGCCUCGCGGCCAAUCUAAUCUGGGUCCCUGGCACUGAGUGCAUCAUGAACCCCUAAUGAUCAUGAGACCACGGGCCCAUGACGCUGCACAUUUUCUAAUCCAAUUAAACACCUUAAUCCCGCAAAUCGGAACCAAAUGGUCACGACGCCGUGCAUAGUAGCAUUCGUAGCGCGGACGACUGGCUACUUAUGAGAAAAACACUCGGCGUAUAACAUCUUCCCGACCGCAUCAACUGUCCGACAAAAACCGCGCAAGUCUCGAUCCCUUCCGACCGCAAAUGGAUCCAGCUCUUUCGAUCACAGUGAUUUCGGUUCUGCUCGGAGCUCUGAUUGCACUAUUAAUGUUCAGGAAUUGCUUUCGCAAGAGAAGAUCUGAAGUUCAAUCAAUUGCGAAGCCUGCGCUUCACGCUAGCCACAAGGCUUCGAGACCGCCUCAGCCCAUCUCUAAGAAGUCCCAUUCCAAGCCUCACUCUCAUGCCUCUGAUAAGGAUCAGAACAAGCGGCAUCAUUCAUUAGAUGUGAAUACUCUGAAAGGUCACAGCGAUUCCGUCACUGGGCUAUGUUUCUCCUCUGAUGGACGGAGUUUAGCAACCGCCUGUGCUGAUGGAGUAGUCAGGGUUUUUAAGUUGGAUGAUGCUUCAAGUAAAAGCUUCAAAUUUCUGAGAAUUAAUGUGCCCAUGGGAGGUCACCCAACAGCAGUGGCAUUUUCUGAUGAUGCAUCUUCCAUAGUGGUGGCUUCUCAAACUCUAUCUGGUUCUUCUUUAUACAUGUAUGGAGAAGAAAAAGCAAUAAAUGCUAGUGAAGCAAAGCAACAAUCCAAGCUUCCUCUCCCAGAAAUCAAAUGGGAACUUCACAAAGUCCACGAGAAAAGAGCUGUUCUGACCUUAGUUGGAACUACUGCAAGUUAUGGUACUGCUGAUGGUAGUACAAUUAUUGCCUCAUGUUCAGAAGGGACUGAUAUCAUACUUUUGCAUGGAAAAACUGGGAAGAUACUGGGGAAUGUUGACACGAAUCAGCUCAAAAACACAAUGGCUGCUAUCUCUCCAAAUGGGCGCUUUAUUGCUGCUGCAGCUUUUACUGCAGAUGUGAAGGUGUGGGAGAUUGUAUAUUCAAAAGAUGGUUCAGUGAAGGAAGUUUCAAAAGUGAUGCAGCUUAAGGGGCAUAAGAGUGCGGUAACAUGGUUAUGCUUUGCUCCCAACUCAGAACAAAUCAUUACAGCAUCGAAAGAUGGUUCAAUGAGGAUAUGGAAUAUCAAUGUUCGAUAUCAUCUUGAUGAGGACCCAAAGACUCUGAAGGUCUUUUCUAUUCCACUUCAUGAUUCAAGUGGGAACACUUUGCAUUAUGAUCGUCUUGGUAUUUCCCCCGAUGGAAAGAUAUUAGCAGUCACCCAUGGUUCAAAAUUGCAAUGGUUAUGCAUUGAAACUGGAAGGGUUUUGGACACUGCUGACAAAGCCCAUGAAGGUGACAUCACAGGGAUUGCCUGGAUACCUAGACCUAUUCCCGUGGGAAAUACGCAAGCCUUGGUGUUGGCCACGGCUGGUGUGGACAAGAAGGUGAAGUUGUGGGCAGCUCCACCCCUCCAUCCAUCAUAGACAAAUCUUGGAGAGCUUUGCUAUCAACACAGGAAGGACCUCUCAAUCUGACGUUGUAACUGAUUUUACCUCGUAUAUGCUUUAGGAGGUUUGGCAUUAGAUCCUCACAGGUUUUACUUCUCCAGUAAGUUUUGUGCACACUACAUUCCCUUGAGCUGUGAACAAAUAGCAGUGUUUAUUGGAGCCGCUUUAUAAGGAGCCAAACAAUUCUCUCUUCCCUUGCAUGGGCUGAUUUUGCUCAGCUGUGUUAGUGGGGAAGUUUUUGCAAAGUAUGGUGGUCGAAUGAGUGCUCAAUGUCAUUUUGAGUCAGAGUUGGGUUGAACUGCAGUGCUGUGAGAAUGGAGUUCACACACUUGUACGGAAAUGCUGACCCCAAGAAUGUGAGUAUAUCUUAUUUUAUCAGUGUGUACACAUCGCCUCUGGUCUCGAGCAUCAUUAUGUGACUUCUUCCAAAAUACAGAACAACGCACUGCAUGUGCACAACCCACCCUCCCCUUUCCUCCUUGAAAUGAGGAACUUACUAAUCCCAUGGUUAAUGUGGAUGUGGAUGAUUCGUGAAGGGAAUGUUUCAUUCACAAUUUUUUUAGUGGGAUCUUUCAUUCAUAUUUUUUUUUCACCAUGAACAUUUUAUAAAACUCUGACCUCAACCUUCAGAUUGUUCCAUAUAAAUUUCUUCUUCUAGAUCAUUUGAAAAUGCAGUUUUUACAUC